AUGGGCUCAGUCGGCGAGAGCAACCCGGGUGACUACUCCGUCCCGAAAGAAGCACAGAAGCUCUUCGUGAAGGAGAUUCUCAAUAACCCUCUGGUCCCUACCCUACCCUGGGAGAUCAAAGCCGCCGGGAAACACAUCUCCUUCGCAGGCAAUGACCUGCCCAGCCUGCCGAUCAACUGGCGCUUCGCGGAAAGCGCAGCGGCCCUGAAAGCCUUCGAAGCGAGCAUGCUCAACGUGCUCCGCAAACGCAAAUACGCAAGCCCCAUGUCCGAAGCGGAAAUCAACACGGAUCACGCCUCGUUGUUCGUCAUGUCGCCUUUCCUGCUGCAAGUCGUGAAUCCGGAAACCGGCGGCGAGGCGCAGGACGUCAACGUCUUCGCGCCCGGCAGGAUGGAAGAGCUCGGCUUCCCGAAUACAGAUCUCCACCGUGCCGGCUCGACGCCGCAGAGAGCCCUGGCGACGAAUAUCUACCAGACCAAGGAUGGGAGGUUCUAUCAUCUCCACGGGAGUAUGGAUCCCGAGCCCACUCUGACGGCUCUGGGGAUGGAAACGGAUGGACCUGGGGAUGAGGAUCGCAUGACUGUGACGAAGCGGUUCGAAGAUGUGGUCGCGAAGAUCGAUUCUCAGGAAUUGGAUUCCCUGAUGAACGAUCGGUAUCGCCAAGCGGGGACGAUUUGCUAUUCUGCGGAAGAAUACAGGCAAUCGGAGCACGGACAGGCGAAUGCACACGUGGGACUGUACGAGUUGUCACGGUCGGAGACGCACACGCAGCCGGCUGCUUGGUGGCCCGAGAAUGCGUCGAUGCCCUCUUCGCCGCAACGGCCCUUGGCAGGGUUGAAAGUGGUCGAUCUCACCCGCGUGAUUGCCAGUCCGGCCAUUGGGAGGUCCCUGGCGGAGAUGGGCGCGAGUGUGAUGCGAGUGACGAGUUCUCAAAUCACCGAUAUGUCAAUCCUGCAUCAGGAUCUGUGAGUCCCCGUCCCGCCAUCCAGCCAAAAACCCCCCCCCCUUUCCCCCUCGGAUUUUCGAAUUUCAUUCACACAGACACUUUUCUGACGAACGAACGACCGAUGAGCUAGGAACUGGGGCAAAUGGAACUGCUCCCUACACCUCAAACACGAACCAGACCGGCGGAAACUCAUCGCACUGAUCCAGGAAGCCGACGUCGUGAUCGAGGGCUACCGCCCCGGCGUGAUGGCGAAAUACGGUCUCGCGCGGGAAGACAUCUUCGAGCUCGUCAGGGAGCGUGGCAGGGGGAUUGUCCACGUCAAGGAGAACUGCUAUGGCUGGCACGGUCCCUGGGCCGGCCGCAGUGGGUGGCAGCAGAUCAGCGAUGCCAACUGUGGCGUUUCGUGGGCGUACGGACGAGCUAUGGGAAAUGACGAGGCCGUCACGCCCGUCUUUCCCAAUAGCGAUUACUGCACCGGCAUCGUCGGGAGCGUGGCGACGCUGCACGCCCUCGUCAAGCGCGCGGAGCAAGGCGGCUGCUAUGGUGUGGAUGUAAGCAUCCCCUUCUCCCUUCUCCCUUUUCCUUUCCCCUUUCCCUUUCCUACUCACUCACUGCUGACUUUUUUCUUCUCUUUCUCCUCACGCAGGUCUCCCUGAAUUACUACUCGCAAUGGCUCGUCAACUCCGUCGGCGAAUACCCCCCCGACGUCUGGAACGCUCUGUGGGCGCGCUGCGGGAACCCUGCUUUCCGUCACUACCACAACAUGGGCUACCUGCUGCCUGCCAUGCUGGGACUCUUGCGGACACACGCGCCGAAUGCGCUUUUCAAGCCUGAUUUCUUCCAGCCGAGGUUUUCGAAGGCUGUCGGGUGUGAAUUUGUCAGUGUGAAGCCGAUUGCACGGUUCAAGGAUGAGGAGGUCAGGUUGGGGUAUCAUGUCGGUACGCGAGGGAAUGGGAAAGAUGCGCCGUAUUGGCCGGAGGAUUUGAGUGUUGAGGUGGUUGUGUAG